CUCUGACACGUCCCCGGCUAGGAAGAGGUUAAACGUAAAGUGUGUUUGCUCUCGGAGGAUGGGGCAAUGCAAAGAUUCGCAGAGCAGGGCCGACAAUCCUCCGCGACACAUCAUGGGAGUGAGACGAUGGCUUCUGCCUGCUAGAGCCGCACAAAGAUAAUCAUUCAGGAAGUGUUUCAGCCAAUGACCCGAGGCUUUACAUUCGGAUUUCUGAAAGCGCCCAAUCCGACCAGAGCUUGUAUCGGGAAGACAGAUCAUUAAGCUGAAGUGCCAAGCCCUUUUCUGUCUGAGUACUGGAAGUCUGUCCUCCAUGUUUUUCUAAGUAUUGACAUAAUACUGUUAACAAUGCAUCCACAGAGUUUGGCCGAGGAGGAAUUAAAGACUGAGCAGGAGGAGGUGGAAGGAAUGGAUGUCACGACAAGAUCCAAAGGUCCUGCCGUUGCGUACCCGGAAGGCUUACCCCCAGAUUACGUGGAAAGCCAGCAGUCCACUCCGAGCACGGCCGAGCGCCCCGGACAAAAGCGGCGGUUUCCCAGCCCGCAACAUUCAUCCAACGGACACUCUCCCCAAGAUUCAUCAACGAGUCCCAGCAAAAAGAAAAAGAAACCCGGACAGUUAAACAACAACAAUAAAGAUCAGUCAGAGCUAAGGCAUGGUCCGUUUUACUAUAUGAAGCAGCCACUCACCACAGACCCUGUUGAUGUUGUACCGCAGGAUGGCCGAAAUGACUUCUACUGCUGGAUUUGCCAUCGGGAAGGCCAAGUUCUGUGCUGCGAGCUUUGCCCGCGAGUUUAUCACGCAAAAUGUCUGAAACUGAACGCCGAACCGGAGGGAGAUUGGUUUUGCCCUGAGUGCGAGAAAAUCACAGUCGCGGAAUGCAUAGAAACACAAAGCAAGGCGAUGACCAUGCUCACCAUUGAACAGCUGUCAUACCUGCUUAAAUUUGCACUACAGAAGAUGAAGCAACCAGGGACAGAGCCAUUCCAGAAGCCGGUGUCCUUGGAGCAGCAUCCAGAUUAUGCAGAAUAUAUUUUUAAUCCCAUGGAUCACUCUACUUUGGAAAAGAAUGUAAAAAAGAAAAUGUAUGGGUGCACAGAAGCCUUCCUGGCUGACGCCAAAUGGAUUUUACAUAACUGCAUUAUUUACAACGGCGGAAAUCACAAACUCACGCAAAUGGCGAAAAUUUUAAUAAAGAUUUGCGAACAUGAGAUGAAUGAAAUUGAAGUCUGUCCUGAAUGUUAUUUAGCUGCGUGCCAAAAACGAGAGAGCUGGUUUUGCGAGCCUUGUAGCAAUCCCCACCCUUUGGUUUGGGCAAAAUUAAAAGGAUUUCCCUUUUGGCCUGCAAAAGCCCUUAGAGAUAAGGACGGACAGGUGGACGCCCGCUUCUUCGGACAGCACGACAGGGCUUGGGUUCCAAUGAAUAAUUGCUAUCUCAUGUCCAAAGAAAUCCCGUUUUCCGUGAAAAAGACUAAAAGCAUCUUCAACAGCGCCAUGCAAGAGAUGGAAGUAUACGUUGAAAACAUUCGCAAGAGGUUCGGGGUGUUUAACUACGCUCCUUUCCGGACACCAUACACACCUAAUAACCAGUACCAAAUGUUGCUGGACACCAGCAAUCCAAGCGCCGGGACGGCGAAGACCGAUAAGCAGGAGAAAAUUAAACUGAACUUCGACAUGACGGCAUCACCCAAGAUUCUCAUGAGCAAGCCCUUGUUAAAUAGCAGCGGCGGGAGGCGGAUUUCCUUAACGGACAUGCCACGCUCUCCGAUGAGUACGAACUCUUCUGUCCACACCGGGUCUGAUGUGGAGCAAGACACGGACAAGAAAGCGGCGUCGCUUCACUUCAGCGCGAGUGAGGAAUCAAUGGACUUUAUUGAUAAGAGCACAGCCUCCCCUGUAUCUACAAAGACAGCCCCGGGAGGAAGUUUAUCGGACAGCCCCAAACCGUUCUCUCCACAAUCAUCGACACCCGUAACGUCUAAACAAGAUCGGACCUCUACCGUGGGCAGCAUCCUCAACCUCAAUCUCGAUCGCAGCAAAGCCGAAAUGGAUCUGAAAGAACUGAGCGAAUCGGUUCUCCAGCAGUCUACCCCCACGUCGCUCAUAUCUCCAAAGAGACAGAUCCGGAGCCGGUUUCAGCUCAAUCUCGACAAGACGAUAGAGAGCUGCAAAGCCCAGUUAGGAAUCAAUGAAAUUUCAGAGGACGUGUACACAGCUGUAGAACACAGCGAUUCCGAAGAGUCCGAAAAGACCGACACUAGCGACAGCGAAUACGCCAGCGACGAGGAACAGAAGCCAAAGGGCAACCAGACAGACGGAGAGAACAAGGACGUUAAGGACGAGAAGGUAACACCUCCUCCUCCCUCUUCUUCUUCGUUUGUCAAGAAGAAACCCAAGUUGCCAGCUGUGGCCGAUGUGAAGGAGGAAGCAAAAAGCACAAGCGCAGCGGCGGAAAAAGGAGAUUCUGCGGCGAAAGAGAAAUCAACCCCCAACUCCGAGAAAGAAGCAACGGAAAAGAGCAAAACCCUGCCGCAUUCCGCUAAGGAGAAGCUGAAAGGGAAAGACGAGACGGAUUCCCCGACCGUGCGGCUCGGCUUGGACUCGGAUUCAGAAAGUGAACUAGUUAUAGAUCUGGGGGAUGACCAAGGACGAGAAGGUCGGAAAAAGAAAGAACCAAAGGAGACUCCAGCCAAGAGUCAAGACGGUAAAGCCGCAGCUGCUUCGGGUACGACGAGCCAACCCCAGCCUGAAACCCCCAUCCUGACCCGGUCGGCAGCGCAGUCUGCUCCCACCGCAGGAGUAGCCGUGCCUACAACCGCCAUAGCGGCUGUAGCGGUUCCGGUUGCGACAGCGGGCAGCCCGGUGAAAAAGCAAAGGCCUCUGCUUCCCAAAGAGACAGUCCCCACCGUACAGAGAGUGGUGUGGAACUCAUCGGGUAAAUUUCAGACAUCCUCCCAGAAAUGGCACAUGCAAAAGGUGCAGAGACAGCAACAGCAGCAGCAACAACAACAGCAACAACAACAACAGCAGCAGCAACAACAACAGCCAACAACAAACCCAUCACAGUCCCCUCAGGGCACACGAUAUCAGACACGGCAGGCUGUUAAAGCAGUUCAGCAGAAAGACGUGACCCACGCCACUUCAACAUCUACCAUAACCCUUGUCACGAGCGCGCCCCCUCUGGCUAUGGUAACCAGCCCAUCGACUCCCGUGACCACGUCCAUGAAUACGGACCUGCCCAUAGCCACGGCUUCUGCCGACGUCGCUGCCGACAUCGCAAAAUACACCAGCAAAAUGAUGGAUGCGAUAAAAGGGACGAUGACCGAAAUCUAUAACGAUUUGUCAAAAAAUUCUACCGGUAGCACGAUAGCAGAGAUUCGUCGUUUGCGUAUUGAAAUAGAAAAACUGCAAUGGCUGCACCAGCAGGAGCUCUCCGAAAUGAAGCACAAUUUGGAGCUGACUAUGGCGGAGAUGAGGCAGAGCCUGGAGCAGGAGCGGGACAGGCUUAUCGCGGAGGUGAAGAAGCAAACGGAGCUGGAGAAGCAACAGGCCGUGGACGAGACGAAGAAAAAACAAUGGUGUGCAAACUGCAGGAAGGAGGCCAUCUUUUACUGCUGCUGGAACACAAGCUACUGCGACUACCCCUGCCAGCAAGCCCACUGGCCAGAGCAUAUGAAGUCUUGCACACAGUCAGCCACCGCUACGCAGCAAGAAGCCGACCCUGAGCUCGCCGCGGACAAGUCGACACAGCCUGCCGCUGGCGCCCAGCAACAGCCGACAGAAGCUGCCGUCGCCCCGAAAGAAAAAGAGAGCACGGCCGACAAAGGCAAAGAGGGCGUCACUAUAGCAACAGGUGUCGCCGGCAGCCAGCCCAUUAAACUGGUCCAGGUGCCGCAGAACACCACCUAUCUCCCAAGUUCUCAAUCCACAAUUACCAUCCCUGUGGUGGUGAGUCCAAGCGCAGGAACCGUCGCCGUAAGGACAGGCGUUCAGUACGUCCAAGCGACGAUGCCGGUUCAGGUCCGAAGAGUGUGAGCUUCAGCGGCGAGCCUGACGACGGAAACGCGGAAACAAGACUUUUCCCGGACAAAUACUUUGUAUCGGCAUUAAGACUACACUACACUAAGAAGCAUUAGCCAGAGAUCGCGGAAGCUGGAGGACACAGUCGUCUGUUGCGUUAUUUUUUUUUUUUUUUUAAUUUUUGUAAAUAAUGUACAAUUUGUGGAUGUCAUUAAAACUUAGAAUAUCUCUUUUUAUAUUUGUAUCGACUUUAACUUAUGGACGCCUGUGCGGAAUGAUCAUCAUAUCGAUAACCCUCUAACCAUCUCAGCCGGAACCUCGAAACGGAAGAACUCUUGUUAGUCAACGACGACGAGCCCUACGAUUACCCAUCGUUCGUACGCAAUCGGGAGAAACUACGGACCUUAAACUGCUGUGUUUUGUAUAUACCGAAAAAAAAUGGGAAUCUUGCGUAUGACAAAAGUGAAAUAAAUGACAGACUUUUUGGGGUAUUUUUUGUUUUCCCGGCGAUGGUGUAUAAGCAGCAUCAUACAGAUUUUAUACAAUGUAACAAAUUCUCUAUAAAUCCAAGGACAUCUCAAACUAUCACAAGGAUAACUGUUUUUGACGGACAUUUUGCCUAUUUUUUUUUAUUUUUAUUUCUGUAUUGGUAAAUGUUAAAAAAAAAAAAAAAAAAUGGAAAAGAAAAUCUAAUAAAAUACAAAAUAUAUCCGAACAGGAGCUUGUUGAUACCCUCAAGAAAAAAAGAAUGCUGGGAAAAGCAUGUGUUUGUAUUGCAAAAAAAAAUAAUAGUUUCAAUCCGAGCAUGAGGAAAAAAAAAUGUGGGAAAAAAACUCAAAAACUGUUACAUUUAUACUGUAAUAACAUUUUUUUGUAGGUUAUGUAAAACGCAGACAUUGAACAAAUCCGAGGCGGUUUCUUGUAUAUAUAUGAGAUGAUGUAACUGUAUGAUAUCAUUCCAGGACAUUGUUGUAAAUUUUAGUUCUGUUCAUCUUCUCCAUUGUUUAUAAAAGGAUACGUUAUGUACAGUUACCAGCUAGAUGGACAAACGAAACAAAAAUUUAUAAAAAAAAAAAACAAUAAAUAAAUAAAAAAAACAGGACAUUUGUAAUUUACAAAUGUAGGCAGGGAGAGAAUUAGUCUAGCUGGCCUUGUAUGUGAAACAUAAUUGUUUUCAGCAUAUGGAGGUAUUUUUUCAAAUUUUCUUUGUAUAAAAUUUGUAUUAAAUCAAAAAAUUUCUUUUUUUU